AUGGCUAGAUCAUUAACAAUAUUGGCUAUUGUGUUUGCAGUUGCCACAGCUAGAGUGACAAAGAGCGAAAGUCCAAAAGAGAUUUUGGCUUAAGUUAAUAAGGAUUCCUUUGGAAAUUCAAUCCUUUCAGUUCUCCAACUUCAAUUAGCUACAGGAGGACCAGUUGGUGAGAUCUAAAUCCUUUUGAACAACAUUGCCUCAUAAUUGAAUGGAGAUCAAAAGAAAGCUGACAAAGUUCAUGAAAGUGACACAGUUGCAUUUGAGAAAAUCAUUGCUGACUUAGAAUAAGAAAUUGCUUAUCACUAAACCCAAAUUGUCGCCUUGUCCAACUUGAGAGAUUCCACCACCGAAGCUUUGGGUGAAGCUGAAGUUGAAGUCAGAGUCGUAACAUCAGAUAUUGCCAAUAACGAAAAGAGCUUCGCUGACGAAUCAGCCACCAGACAAUCCCAACACGAUACAUGGGUUAGAAAGGAUGCUGAACAUGUUGAUUAAAUGGAAGCCAUCGAUGAAGCAUCAAAGAUCGUUCAACAUUUAUAAGCUGGUGUUGCAUUUGCUCAAUUAAAGAGUAGAUUCGAAAAAGUCUAAGCUAAAUUGAUGGAAAGCAAACACGCACUUUUCAAGCCACUCAUCAAUGCCUUGACAUAAUUAGCCUCCAAGGUUGACAACAAGAGCAUCAUCAAGAUCUUAGAACUCUUGGCUUAAAUCAGAUAAUAAUUGGUUGCUAGCAGAGCCUCACUCCUUGCCACAGAAGAAAGAUAAGCUGCUAACUGGGAAGUCCAAAGUUCUCAUUUAUAAGAAGAACACAAGAGAUUAGUCGAAAGAAAGGCUUUCUUAGAAAACUCUAUUGUUCAAUUCAAAGUGACCAUUCAAGAGGCCGUUGAAGAUUUGGAAGACUAAACUUUAUUCCUUGAAGAUGCUGAAGACUCAUUGGCUAUCCAAGAAAGAUGGGCUGCUGAAUAAGAAUCAUAAUAUGAAGCAUAAACCUUCGAAAGAGAAUAAUAAUUGGAAGUCGUUGAGAGAUUAUAAGAAGUCUUAACCUAAAAAUUAAGUGCUGCUUCCGAAUUCCUCCAAGUCAGAGAAGAAGUAUUUUGAUUUAUCAAUAAUAAUAAUAAUAAUAAU